GUCCGCUGUGUGUCACAGACGGUGUGUUGUUUUGUCUCUUAAACCUCGAUUUUUGAGGACGUUGUAAGUGAAUUGAAGCCGCGGUGUUCAGAAGUAUCUCCGCCGGAAAAUGUCUGUCGAUAAAGAAGAAAUGCAGCAGAGGUUAAAGGCAGCAGUCCAUUACACUGUGGGUCGUCUGUGUCAGAAGAUGGGAGAAGAUCACCGGAGAGAGUUCAGCCGACAAGUCAUCGCAGCGAUAGCAGAGACAACAUUCAGACAAUGCGAUAUAUUUGCUAAAGACCUGGAGGCUUUUGCAAGGCAUGCUAAAAGAAGCACAGUUUCUUCAGAGGAUGUAAAGCUCAUAGCCCGUCGCAGUACUGCACUGUUCAUCUACAUACAAAAUAAAAGUGAAGAACUGAACCAGGAGCAGAGGGAUUUAAAAAAGAAGAGUACUGGAAAGAGGAAGAGCAGAGACACUGAGGAGGAGAGCAGAGAGUAAGGACAGGACACAGGAAGGUCUGCAGUGUCUCACUGGUUCCCAACAUUCAAAUAAACAUGAAGGCUGACUAACACAUGACAACAAGUUUACGUGUCAUUUAAGGUGCCACAGCAAUUCUUUUCUGGGUAUUAAUAAUUUCAACUGUCAAUUCUACAGCAGAUCUCAUCUGAUAUCCCGGCAUUACAAUAAUUUAAUGCAAUAUUUCCUGCAGAUUUAGAGGUUAUCUGUCUUGGGGCCUGUUGAUGCAAGGUCAAAUUAAACUGCAUUUGGAAAUAGUUUGACAUACAACAACUCGUAUGAACUGACUUGGAAGUAGCUGUUU